AUGGCUACUACUUUGCAACCAGAGUCCCAGAUCAAGCAGGCUAAGACCGACGCCAAGAUUGUCAAGCAGCGUGCUGCUGACAAGGCCGUCAGAAAAGCUGCCAACAAGGAGAAGAGACAGACCAUCGCUGACAGAACUGCUGCUUACAACAAGGAGUACAGAGAUGCUGAGCGUGCUGUCAUUGACGCCAAGAGAGAGGCUAAGGCUAACAACUCUUACUACGUUGAGGCUGAGCCAAAGCUUGUCUUCGUUGUCAGAAUCAAGGGUAUCAACAAGAUCGCUCCUAAGCCAAGAAAGGUUUUGCAAUUGUUGAGAUUGACCCAGAUCAACGCCGGUGUCUUCGUCAAGGUCACCAAGGCUACCUCUGAGUUGCUCAAGUUGGCUGAGCCAUACAUCACCUACGGUUACCCUAACUUGGCUACCAUCAGAAAGUUGAUCUACAAGAGAGGUUUCGGUAAGGUUAACUCUCAGAGAAUUGCUUUGUCUGACAACGCUAUCAUCGAGGCUGCUUUGGGCAAGUACGGUAUCAUCUCCAUUGAGGACUUGAUCCACGAGAUCUACACUGUUGGUCCUAACUUCAAGCAGGUCAACAACUUCUUGUGGCCAUUCAAGUUGUCUAACCCUAACGGUGGUUUCAGAACCAGAAAGUUCUUCCACUUCAUCCAGGGUGGUGACACCGGUAACAGAGAGCAGUUCAUCAACAACUUGGUCAAGCAGAUGAACUAA